CAUGAAGUGUCCCUUGAGAUGUAAAUAAGGCCAGUGUCAGCAAUGCUGGCCACCAAUAAUAGCGACUCUGCUCCUUCAGUAUGAGACAUGUCGCUCUCUUGUUGAUACUUGUGCUAGUCGCUGUCUGCUCAUCUCAAACUGUCCAGGAUGAUGUUCUGAAGGUCAACGGAUCGUUGUCACCAGCUUUAUUGGAGACAGGAGGCAGGCAUAGAAGUUUGCAGGACACACAUGAUUCAUUUAAACAGGAAGAUCCGACCACCAAACAUGCUGCAGAGUCCAAAGAUGCAACGAGCUCUUUGAAGCUCCUCAACAAGGGCUGGCAAGAGGAGACGCCCUCAGGCCACUUGGGGCACACCUCAGAGGACUUGGAAGGGCAGGAUCAGUAUGUGUCGGCGUAUGCAGUGCUGGGCCUCACGACGCUCAUGGCAGCUGCCAGUGGGCUUGGGGCCGUGCCCUUCUUCUUUGUGGGCACCCUGUCCGCUCGAUGGAGCGCACUGGCCAAUGCAGUGGCCUGCGGUGUGAUGCUGGCGGCGAGUUUUGACCUUGUGCAUGAGGGUGAGCCGUAUGGGCCUGGGCUGGUCAUCAUCGGUGUGAUGCUCGGAUCGCUGUUCAUAUGGUCAAUACAGAGGUGGCUGGACCAAUUUGAAGACGUGAAGUUUGAGAGCCUGAGGGGAGCGAGCGCACGCAAAGUGUUGCUGGUGGUGGGCAUCAUGGCGGCGCAUGCCCUUGGGGAGGGCUCUGGAGUGGGCGUGUCCUUCUGUGGACGCCGGGGCUGGUCGCAGGGCAUCCUGGUGACCUCGGCAAUCGGGCUGCACAACGUGCCGGAGGGCCUGGCGACAGCGACGGUUCUGGUGGCGCGUGGCAUUCCAGCGUCACGCGCGCUGUGGUGGACGCUCGCCACGUCACUGCCGCAGCCCCUCCUCGCACUGCCAUCCUUUGUGUUUGUGGAUGCCUUCUCAUCCCUGCUCCCGCUGGCUCUUGGCUUUGCGGCUGGCUGCAUGGUGUGGAUGGUCUUCGCAGAGCUGCUGCCGGAUGCUUUGGCAGAUGCGCCCCACGCGCAGGUGCUUGUCUUCUCUGACUGGCUCAACAUAUCUGCCAUGGCGUGUUUGUGA